CUUCAAUCUGGCAACCCACAUCUCCAGUCCCUUUGCCGGACAAUCAUUUUCAACACAAUCCACAUACCCAGGGGUAGCCAUUGGUUGCACUGCAUAUAAGGGGUCUGCCGAGGUUCUGCCGAGGUUACAUGUGGUCGCAGCUGUCGCUGGCAUGUUUGCAGCCAAUUGUGAAUUGCCAAAUUCACUGCUGUGGAACACCCCGUUUGUAUCAUCGACAGGCCUCGACGAGAUUUUGAUCUUGGCUCAGGCCAUAUUCAAAGGAUCAAUGUUACCUUUACGCUUGGCUCGUUGACCGCUCCUGGCUCACAAGGGACUAUGGGCUCAGCGAGGGGGCAACCGUUCAUAUAUCUGCUGGAUUGCUGUCACUCGGAGGACGAAAAACCACGCACAAUCGAGAUUUCAUUACUCGGAGGCUGAGCUCAAAACCAAACACAGUCUUCAGUCAUGAUUUCUCCUACCAACAAGGCACAAUCACCUGAACCUGAGGCGAAAUUGCCGAAAGGAAAGGAAAAGUCGCCCACUCCUGGUCCCGCGGGUGAACCCUCAGAGCCCGUUGGCCUCCUAUCCGGCUCGCAUUGGGCCGAACAGGAGCAGCCGGUUGAUGAUGAUACCGACUCGACCCUGGGUAGCGAUGUCGAGAGUUCAACAGCCUCGAUCAGCUCUAGCAUUCUGAGAUAUCGUACGAUCAAAGGUCGUACGUACCACAGUGAUGCUGUAACUGAUCAAGAAUAUUGGGGUCCAAAUGACGAUAAGGCCAAUGAGAUGCUGGAUAUUUUCCACCAUUUCAUGACUUUGUUCUUGGACGGAAAGCUGUAUACGGCCCCCAUCAAGGAUGACAUUCAGAAUGCACUUGAUGUCUGCACUGGUACUGGACUUUGGGCGAUUGACUUCGCCGAUGAACAUCCCAAUUGUAACGUAUACGGUACCGACAUUUCACCAAUCCAGCCCAGUUGGGUUCCUCCCAACCUCCGGUUCGUUAUCGAUGACGUGACCAAGCCCUGGACCUACCAGGAAAACUUCUUCGAUUACGUCCAUAUUCGCUGGCUUACCGCCGUGGUUAAGGAUUGGCCCGCUCUAUAUAAGGAAGCGUACAGGUGUAUGAAACCUGGUGGCUGGCUCGAGCACAUCGACGCCGAGGUGAACGUGGUCUGUCUUGAUGGCACCAUGCCUCCAGACAGCGCCAUUAAUCAAUGGGGCCAAAUCUGGACCGAGAUUGGAAAAAAGACUGGGCUGGUCGUGAAUAUGGUCGAUUCGGGCUGCAUGGACGAUGGGAUUAGGGAAGCAGGCUUCGCCAAUAUCGAGGUGGAGGACCUCCUUGCCCCUGUCUCGCCCUGGCCCGUGGACAAAAAGCAAAAGGAGAUCGGCCUCUUCAACUACGCGUUUCUAACCCAGGAUAUCGAGGGCUUCCUCACCUACUUCUGCCCCACGGUUUUGGGCUGGACUGAGAAGGAGACGCUGAUAUACGCCGCCAUUCUGCGAAAGGAGUACAAGGAGUGCAAGGUCCACGCAAACUUCAAGUGGCGCAUAGUUCGUGCCCAGAAGCCGCUGCUGGAUGCUUAAAGGGAAUACGACAGUUGCAAAGGAACACAUUCAGGGGGAGCGUUGUAGACGCUGUAGUUGGGAGCUUUAUAUACCUACUUUUCUCCCAUGUUCACUGUCAUCUAUAUGGUCGAUUCAUCGGGAAAUGGCGUCUAGAUAGACAUGAAGACAUGGAUG